GUCAGAGAUCCACGGAUCAAAAUACCACCCACCGGAUAAAAGCCCUGCCUCUCGAAUGUUAGGGUUUCUCGACUCCCUUUUCUCUCACCGCACUCGAUCUCUCCACUGCGGCGGAUCGCCCUCCCUACCUCCAAAUCCGUCACCAUGAUCAUCCCCAAGAAGAAUCGCCAUGAGAUCUGCAAGUACCUCUUCCAAGAGGGAGUUUUGUACGCGAAGAAGGAUUACAACCUCGCGAAGCACCCAGAUAUUGAUGUGCCGAACCUCCAGGUGAUAAAGCUGAUGCAGAGCUUCAAGUCGAGGGAGUACGUGAGGGAGACGUUCGCCUGGCAGCACUACUACUGGUACCUCACCAACGACGGCAUCGAGUACCUCCGCACCUUCCUCAACCUCCCCUCCGAGAUCGUUCCUGCCACCCUAAAGAAGUCCGCCAAGCCCCCCUCCCGCCCCUUUGGCGCCGGCCCGCCCGGCGACCGCCCCAGGGGCCCGCCUCGCUUCGAGGGUGAUAGGCCGAGGUUUGGAGACAGGGACGGCUACCGUGGAGGCCCUCGUGGUGCUCCAGGUGAUUUUGGCGGGGAUAAGAGUGGUGCUCCUCCUGAGUUCCAGCCAUCGUUCAGGGGAACUGGUGGUAGGCCUGGUUUUGGCCGUGGUGGUGGUGGAUUUGGGGCUGGUCCGGCAUCCUCAAUGGAGUAGUUCUAAGCUUUUGCCUUUUGUGCUGUCACUGCCUCAUUACAUGCUUGUAGCUCUUUUAAGAAAUUUUGUAGUGGUGAACAGUUCUUUCUUUGGAUGAAAUUUAUUGAUAGGACUGGUUUAUUUCUGUAGACCAUCUUGUUGCCUGUUUUUUGGGAUCAUGUUGAACAGUCUUUUACCACUAAGAAAAAUUUAGUCCUUUAAAUGCAGUGCUGUAGAA